GCUGUACUGCUAUAAAUCCCUUUUAAUAUUCGAAAAUUGAUUUAAAAACAAUUCACAUCGAAAUGAAAUACAUUCUCUUGUUGCUGCUGGCCAUCGCUCUCUGUCAUGCCGCCCCAGUUGAGGAUAAAUCCUCCACUUCCUCUUCGGCUAAACCGAAACGUGGUUUACACUUGAGUCUCGGCUAUCAUGCACCCCUGGUUGCCUCCUCCUAUGUAGCCGCCGAACCAACCGCUAUUUAUCAUGCUGCUCCCGUUCUUACACACGAACCUAUCCUAUCACAUGCCCCACUCAUUUCCCAUCAUGCGCCCGUCUAUUCACAUGCCUCCCUCAUUCAACAUGCUCCCCUGCUAUCGCAUACACCCCUAAUUUCACAUGCUCCACUUAUUGCUCAUGCACCCGUCUAUUCAUCGUCUCAUAUUUUGCCCUCAAUCCAUUCAAUUCAUCACUAUUAAGAAGAAGGGGCUUUGUGUAGAAGAUUUAUUAUUUAAAUGGAAGCAUUAAUAAGUGACAAGUUAAACGAUUUAUUUUAAUAUAGUGUUUGUUGUUGUAAA